AUGAAAUUAUUUAGUUAAGUUAAUAGAUUCGCUUUUUCUACUGCAAAUAAGGCUGCAUCUCCAUUGGCUGCUUAGUUAGCUAUCAAUGGUAACCGUAAUGCCGUUCGUUAUGAAAAUUAAAAUCGUACCUGGACUUUCAAUGAAUUAGACGCUCAUACUAAUGCUUUCGCUUAUGGUUUAACUGAAUUAGGAUGGAAAGCUGGUGAUAAACUUUUGCUUUGGGUUGAAAAGAACCAUACUUCUGAAAUCACUACUGCCUAAGUUGGUGCUGCUAAGGCUGGUGUUACUUUGGUUCCAAUUUAUGCUCACUCUGCUGAAGAAUUAGAAAAAGCUUUAAAUGAUACUAAGGCUAAGGGUUUAUUACUUAGUCCCAACAGCAAAGCUGGAAAUUCAAAAUAUAUUGAAGUUGUCAACAAGGUUAUCCCAGAAUUAUACAACACUGGUAGAGGCUCUACUUUAAAAACUAAAUUCGCAAACCUAUAACAUAUCAUCCACACUGGUUUCUACACAUUCCCUGGUACUUAUAAAUUCAGACAAAUUAUGGUAUAUGCAAGUAAAAACUUUAAUACAUUGACCUUACCUAAUGUUGAAUUAAAUGCACCUUUGUUUAUUUCUGGUAACUAAACUUACACAUUGAAAGAUUUGAUUUCUAAGACUGAAGAAAAUCGUAAAACCUCAAAAUUAAAUGAUAACACACCUGUUUUUGUUACUGGUGAUUCUCGUUCUCCUCUCUCUUUCUCUCUCGGUAUAUUAAAUUCUUUAUUACAUGGUAACUACUCUGUUUAUACUGGAGCUUAAGACCUUAAUGAGGUAGGUCAAACUAUUAGAUUCUACGAUAAUGCCCUUCUCUUAGUUGAUGGAGACAUCGUUAAAGCUACAUAGAGCUUAAAACAUAGUGAAAACUUUGCAAAAUUAGGUGGUGUUGCUGCAAAUGAAAAUAUUCCAAAGGACAGCCUUAAUUAAUUAUUUGGUGGCAAAUUAGUUUAAUAGCUUAAAAUUUGA